CGCAGUGUACACCAUCUCCACGUUUUGGUAAAGGAGGCGGCGUCGUUGCCGGAGUGCACGAGUUGUACAUCGCCGUUGAUCGUACGACGAUCAGCUGGAGGACACACAGCUCGUCGUAGCCCCCUUCAUUUUCUCCCCCCAUCCCCCACCGUCGUCGUCACCCUCCCUGUCGUCGGUUCGUGAUCCGGAGGGAUCUGUAACGAGACCUGAUAAGCACGCGCACGAGGAUUUCGGACGGAUUUUCGUCGGUGGAAGAGGACGCGCCGUCGUCGCCGCCAGCCGCUCGACGAACUCGCGAUUAUUUUCUUCCCGCGGCUGGCCCGCCGUCCGCUCCGUCACUCUGCUCCGUUUCGCUCCGCUCCGAAGUGACGCGGCCCUUUCUCCUUGAUGUGUACGACGACGACGACGAGGCGGAGGACGGUCGGUAGUCACGCGGACGACGCUCUCGCCGGCGAUACCAGCGUUUCGGAGUCGAGUGACACCUAGCACGAGGAGCGUUCGUUGCGGGGACAGCAGGGUGGCGAGUCCGGUACGACGAUACUUCCCCCGCGUAUCAGUGGUGAUGGUUAUCGAUGUUUUUUCCUCGUGACGUUGGUGUUUAAAUGUCUAACGGGUACUGACCACGCGCGACGUUCUCGGGCUCUCUCAUUCAAACCGCGAGCUUACGAUUUAGCGCUAUUUCCUCGUUCUUCGUUCUGAGACACGAGAUUCGUUCCAUCGCUCGGUGCACCGCGAAUUAACUCGACGUUUUCGCAGACCAGUCAGUUUAAAGGCGUGAUCGAGGACACGUGGACUUGGAGCGGAUCGCUCUUAGCUCACGUGGUCGCUAGCUGCGACAUACCGGCGGCGCUCGUGGUCGUACGACGCUGCGACUCUCGCGUACGUUCCGCGCGAAGUUUAACUCGGUGUGAGUGAUUGCAGGAAUAGGAGAAUUUCUUUUCCCCCCCUCGAGCAGUACUCGAUAUUUCAUGGUGUCUCUGGGCACGAUCAACGUCAAAUCCGAACGUGAACGUGAACUGUACUCGGUGAGUGUUUACUUGUGAGGACAAGCGUUUCGUUUGUGCGCGAAACUACAGCGCGUUCCCCAUUCUACCGUCGACGAACGAAGCGUACAUGUCGCGAAUGGAAGGAGAGGGAUGACGACGAACGGCCAUCGCGAUUCCGUUGAAGGGGACAACGUGGACUCGUGAAGAACAGCGUACGCGAUUGUGUGACUACGAGACGAAGGACACGGCGGCUCCAUUCGUGGCUUGCGACUCUUCGUGGGACUUCCGAGAUCCGCAAGCACGCGGAAUCAACCAGGCAGCGUGGAGCGCUCGGCGAUUGUGUGGCCGCGCGCCGCGGACCUUUAUCUCUAUCAACCAGGCUGUGCGUUCCUCACCUACUACAGCCGUGACAGCGCAAUCAGCGCCCAGAACGCUCUGCAUGAGAAGCGGACUUUACCAGGGAUGAACCGUCCUAUCCAAGUGAAGCCAGCGGACAGUGAAAACCGCGGAGACAGAAAGCUGUUCGUUGGUAUGUUAAGCAAGCAACAAACUGAAGACGAUGUGCGACAGCUGUUUACUACCUUCGGUUCAAUAGAGGAGUGCACCAUCCUCCGUGGACCCGACGGAAGCAGCAGAGGCUGUGCCUUCGUGAAACUUUCGUCGCACCAAGAAGCACUGGCAGCAAUAAACUCUCUACACGGUAGCCAAACUAUGCCGGGUGCGUCAUCCAGCAUAGUGGUAAAAUUCGCAGACACUGAUAAAGAGAGACAAAUAAGACGCAUGCAGCAAAUGGCCGGGAACAUGAGCAUCCUUAACCCCUUCUUCAAUCAUUUCGGCGCUUACAACGCUUACGCUCAGCAGCAAGCAGCGCUCAUGGCAGCAGCGACUGCACAAGGAACGUACAUCAAUCCAAUGACCGCGUUGGCUGGACAGUUACCGCAUACAUUGAACGGCAUGCCAAAUCCUGUCGUUCCACCAACCUCUGGUUUGCUCGUAGGUACCGGCACAGGGCAACCGGUUAACGGAGCGCUACCGUCGUUACCGUCGCCAACGAUGCCGAAUUUUAACAUGGCCGCUCAAACGCCGAACGGCCAGCCAGCAGGUUCGGAUCCAGGUGUCUACACCAACGGAAUACCGCAGACUUAUGCGGGACAUGCCCUCCAUCUGUCCAUUCCAGCGCAGGGGUUGGCCAACGGGGAGGCGGCACUUCAGCAUGCCGCCGCGUAUCCUGGAAUGCAGGCUUAUGCUGGAGUGGCCGCUUACCCCGCCGUCUACGGCCAGUUUCCUCAGGCUAUUCCUCAGCCGAUGACCGCGGUGGCACCCACGCAGAGGGAAGGAUGCUCUAUCUCAGGACCCGAGGGCUGCAACCUGUUCAUCUACCACCUGCCCCAGGAGUUCGGUGACGGCGAACUCAUGCAGAUGUUCCUCCCGUUUGGCAACGUCAUCUCAUCCAAAGUUUUCAUCGACCGGGCGACCAACCAGAGUAAAUGCUUUGGUUUCGUGUCGUUCGAUAAUCCAGCGAGCGCGCAUGCAGCGAUCCAAGCGAUGAACGGCUUCCAAAUAGGGAUGAAACGAUUAAAAGUCCAAUUGAAGAGGCCCAAGGACGCCAGCCGGCCAUACUAACCCACGUCCUAGCCUAGAAAAUCUGGACGAGUCGCGCCCUAUGUCGUAACUAACAGAAUGUCGUCCGAGAACGUGAACUCGAUGGACGCUCGACGAUCAGGAGUGACAAGUUGAAUCACCGUUACAACGCUCUCCGCCGUAACAACUUAGUAUACUAGCUAGUUAAUUCAUUAGAGGGUAAAAAUUUAGAAGUCAGUAGGACAGCGACGGCUUCAACGUCGUUGAAGUUCGUGCGACGGCGGCGGCGGCGGCGGCGGCGGCGGCGGCGAAGAGGCUGAAACGAAUGCGAUGAAGGAUGUUCUGCGCUGAACCCAGUCCGAGAAGAAGAGUUGAAGAGAGAAGAGGACGAGACAGACGCUAAGAUGACGUUUCCCAGAUGUUCAGAUAAUCGGAAUCCAACAUCGAUAUACAACAUCGGCUUUCCCCUGUCUCCUUUUUAUCCAAUCCCACACUACUACAAAUCUGCAUGUUUCUUUCUGUCCUCCGCGAGUCUAGCCUCUGGUCCCUACUGCCAGGUGAGAGAUUACGUUUGAGCUCGAGGACGAGGGCGCGAAUGGACAUGAGCGUGCAGCGAAACCUGUCGCGAACAUUUCGAGGAUCCGGAGAGAUCUACCAGAAAUACACUGGAAAUAUUAAAACCGAUCACGUCGUCCGGAUACAUGGCGACACCGUUAUAGUUACACGCGCGAGUCACGACAUCGCGCCGCGACGAUCGUCCAGCCGACAUCAAACCGACAAUAGCUAAAUCACGAAAUAUCCCGUCGAUAAAACGCCCCUAGGAGUCUCGUCGUGUUCGUUGCCAGUUCGCCGAUGUGCGAUGCAAAGCGCGGAAAAGAUGCCGUGACAGAGGAAAAUUUGCCCAGCUCGUACAACUUCGGACAGAUUGAUCCUCAACGAGGACCCUCGACGAGGCCGGAUCGUCGUAUUCGUCGGCAGGACAGAACAGUUCCGACGAUUGUCGUAGUACGAGAGGCUGGCGAAUCUUCUGUACUCGUACGUAGCGAACGAUUUAGUCGUCGCGAUGAAGAUCCCGUGC